AUGUUUAGCUUCCUGGUCGUCCUCCACGCAUGUUACACAUACAUAACGAUGUUGGCAUGACUAGCGAUAAUGUCGGAGAUAUGGCAUGAGCUCUACCAGCUCCGGCGGCUGUACUCCACCGACCAAACUUUGAAUCCUUUAUUUAUUCACAGUUUGGCAUGACUCACGUGCAAACGAUCGUGCGUUCACGUCACUGAACUUUCGGAGUUUCAUUUCCUCUAAUGUGGACGUUCAGUUUACACUGAACUGUCGUUUCCUACACCGACCGGAGUGGAGUUAGAUCCCGGAGGGUGAAUAAGUGCUUCGAGAGCUAUUCCCAUCUACAGACAAAGGCGAAGCCAGGUGUAAGAAUCAUGGUACUUGGACUUGCUGAUACUACAAUGCCAUAUAAAGGACAAAAGUACUACAAGAUCAAAAGCUCGUGCUCACGUGCUGAUAAAUUAUUUGUUGACAAGGAGUUCCCGCCCUCCGGAGCCUCCCUAUUCUUCAGUCGGCCUGCCCCAGCCGAUAUCGUCUGGAAAAGACCCAGUGAUAUAUGUGCCAAUCCGAAGUUUUUUACGGAGGGAGCGAGUGCCGACGAUUUCUCCCAGGGCAGUCUUGGUAAUUGUUGGUUUGUAGCCGCGUGCGCCUGCAUCGCUGAGGAUCCGAAACUCUGGAAAAAGAUCGUGCCGGACCCCGAGGAACAAGAAUGGCAGACUGGGAAAAAGCACGCCGGUAUUUUCCACUUUAAGUUCUGGCAAUGUGGCCAAUGGUUAGACGUUGUCAUCGACGACUACCUCCCCACCCGAUACGGUAGACUCAUCUUUGCACAUUCCAAGAGCGGAAACGAAUUCUGGCCUGCACUACUAGAGAAAGCAUAUGCAAAGUUGUUCGGUGACUACGAGUCGCUGAUUGCUGGGAAGGCUCGCGAUGCUAUGGUGGACAUGACUGGCGGGGUAGGUGAGGGGAUAGAACUGGAGGACUAUCGCUCCGAGGAAGACAAGAAAAAACUCUUCAAGAUCCUCAGGAAGUCCUUCGAAGACAGAUCUCUUAUGAGCGCUUCCAUCAGGGCUACAGGAACAGAGAUGGAGUCCCAGUUAUCGUGCGGAUUAGUGAAGGGACAUGCUUAUAGUAUUACAGCCGUCAAGAAAAUCAAGUUAGUUGGUAAAAACCUAUUAGCCGUAUUCAACCGCCCGAAGAUGAACAUGAUUCGUCUCAGGAACCCCUGGGGAGGAACAGAGUGGAGAGGACCGUGGAGUGAUGGGUCUUCUGAAUGGAAAAAAGUCAGUGAAAGUGACAAAAAGGAGCUUGGGUUGACCUUUGAUGACAACGGCGAAUUUUGGAUGGCGUUCGAGGACUUCUAUCGGUACUUUACCUCCAUGGAUAUUUGUCAUAUGAUCAACACGUCAUUCUUCUCCUUCAAGAAAACCUGGAAACAGGGCAAGGUGUUUGGUGAGUGGAAGCGUCCGGACAGGUGCGGCGGAUGUGGAAACAAUGGAUCUUUCCUUAACAAUCCUCAGUAUGUAUUCACGGUGGAAGAGGACAAUGCCGAAGUUUUAUUGUCACUGGAACAAUGGGACAAACGUAUCGAUAAGGACAAGGGGAAAACCAACGAUACAAUCGGCUGUACGGUGAUGAAGACUGAUUUAAACCGGAAGUACCGUAUGCAUGACCGGAUGGACAGGAUACAUUCCGGCCCGUUCUCUAACGCGCGUGGUGUGUUCGCGCGAAUCAACCUACAGUCCGGUACAUACUGUAUUAUACCAUCAACGUUCGAGCCAGGCAAGAUAGGGAAAUACUUACUUCGUGUCUUCUGUACUACAGCCCCGUUGAUGAGGGAGCUUGUCAAUGAUAAACCCCUCCCACCACAGAUCUGCGGCUUGAGAGGGAUCAAAAAGCCGAAGGUCGCCGCUACACAAAUUACAGUUGUACGUGCUGAGGCUCUAGAGGCGCAGGAUUGGGAUGGAGCUGCAGAUCCCUACUGUGUUAUACACUGCAACAAGAAAACCCAACGGACUAAAAGCAUCCCGAACACAGUGAAUCCGGAAUGGAACGAAAGAGUGACGUUUUAUAGACAGAAACCUGACAAGGACAUUCGUAUAGAGGUCUGGAAUCACAAUAUCAUUAAGGAUGAGUUCAUGGGUGUUUGUGUGUUACCAAUGUCAGAAAAGAAUUCUUACAAGGGAGGUAAUACCAUCAGACGAUAUGAUCUCACCGGCCGCGGGAAGGAGAGUACAGUGAAGAGACGAGGCUACCUCUGGCUUAAAGUGUUACACAGUGGCGAUAUGAGCAAGGUGUGAUGUAGCUUGUGAUAGGAUGAUAAACUAGAAGAAACCGCCUUGCUCCCGACCUUUUCACACACCUAUAGGCGCCUUUAUCAAUAUUUACAGCAGAUCUUCUAAACGUGACAGAUAUUUCUGUCAAUAAACAAACUCUGUUACGUCAUAUAGGCAAUGAAGACAACAAGACAACAAAUUGGAAUAAUUUGAAGCACCGAAAGUAUCUAACGCAGAACAUCAUUCAUUACAGUGGUCAGCUUGGUUGAUUGGUUGGUUGGCUGGUUUUACGUCUCCUUCCACUUGACAGCCAUAUUCAUUUCUUUAUAUACAUUUGAUUAUCACGUGGUUGUGUAGCAGUCGAACAUACAUACAAAUGCUAAACUACGUGACAACGUAUCUUAACUGCCCUUUACAGUGCUAGCAAAAGAACAUAUAUAGAAAUAUAUCGAAAGGAAUAUUGAGAUGGAUUUUGUGAACAAAUAUAUAACGUUUACAAUGUAUACAUAUAUAUGUGUGUGUAUUACAUAUUUCAUUAUUGCCCCAUCAUAUUUUCACAAUUAUUGCCAAUCAAUGAAGGAUGUUCUGUUGAGAAUAUUGUGUAACAAACAGUCUUUGCAUCAGUUGAAAUUAAACAGUAUGGGACAUCCAGGAAACCAAUAUUAUUAUUGUUAUCCAAUCAAAAACAUAUAUACAUACUUAAAACCAUGGAGUUUACUUGAUUCCCAGAAGACUGUGUACAAGCUUGUAAAUCAUUUACAACAGUUCUGCGUUGUGAAGGAAGGCUAAUGUUAUGGGCAUCUCUCUUUAUGAACCUUUUCACAGACAUCUUCUAUAAAUAUACGUGCAUGUCGGAUUUAUCAGACCGGCGAUCUCCCCACGUGUUUGCAAAACGUGAUCUUGUUCCGUCAUAAAAAAUGUCAGCUACAUGUUUAUCUUAACGUUACCUUAUUAUGUUAUACAGAAACGUUGCUGGAAUUCCAACGUGCCCACUUUAUGUGAUAGGUCCUGCCAUACAUUUACGCAUGCGCAUUGAAAUUAUAUAUAUAUUGAUUGUGUAAUUAACGGUGUAUACAGGCUCAAGGAUCAACGCUAAAGGCUACAUAUCAUAAUAUAUUUUAUUAUACAAUAUUGCUGCGCUUGUUGCCAUCCAUUUUUAUUCUUAGUCAAUUAUUUUUAUCAGUCUCGAGUUAUAUGCAUAUCUAUAUAUAAAUUAUAAGAAAUAUUUUAGCCGGGUAGAUGCGUGUUUGAUUUUUAAAUCUGUAUCAGAAUAACAACCAUAAAUGUGUGUAUUAUCAAUGUUAGAAAUGUUUUCUUUACAAACGUCUCCUUUUUAGCAAAUGUGCAGUGGUUCCAAAAUCUGAGCCUGCGCCAGGGAUGAUAAAGGAUGAUAAAGGAAGUUAAAAUUAACGCCGAAUAGGCUGUAUAUUAAGCGUAUUUAAACUGACCACUAGGACGAACAACAAUAAUUGUUUGGGCAUUUAAGACCACAUUAAGAUCCUUUGGCCUGGUUUUAGAGAAUAUCGUCUUGUACAGGGGCUAUAGUGACCAGAUAGCACCGUGUUAUAGAGGGAUGUGUGAUACAAUAGACUGGUGGUGUUUCACGUACCUGUAUAAUGUAUUGUAGAACUUGAGACACUUUAUAGAGAUUAUUCAUAUAAUGUGUGGUACAUGCUUUAUAUGAAAUAUAGAAACGCUGAUAGUUAUAUUAUUUAUGUUAUUGUAAAACUGAAGGAUUUUCACUACGGAUAUAAGUGGUCCUUUGGUCACUGCAUCACUUUCUCAUAGGGAAACACAACAUAUGUAUAGAUAAAUUGACACGUUUUAUUGACAAAUAACGAUAGUUACACGUCGACACAUGCAUCAUCAGCAUCCUUACUAUCACUCCCAUCCAAUUCAUAUCUAACAUAAUUUCACUAAAACACAAGUCUAAUAAAUACAAUACUACAUCUUGCAUAUAAAAAUGAUAUUGUUUUCUUCUUCUCGGCACAUACACGUAUCGCCUCUGCUCUUCCCUCGCUAAAUAACACACAUUCUACCUAAUCGCACAAACUGCACGUGCAAUACAAACACAAACACGCCCCUAUGAGAAAACUCGCAACCUAAGGGGAAAUUAUUUACGUAUGAUUCGCUCUGCUCAAAUUAUGUAAAUUAUAUUAACACUAAUUACAUGCUGGCAUAAUUUGUAUUUAUCGAGUUUUACAAUUAAAGUAUUAUAUACUCAUGAAUCUAUUUCAUAGAUCAUCAUCAUUCAUAUUGUUACUGAAAGAUUUUGCUUUUUUACAUUCUUAUUAAAAACUAUGCAAGUUAACAAAA